UCAAUCAAAGACCUGUUAAGUUAAACCAACCUGCAAAACCCCAGGUUGCAGCUGAGAUGCCGUCGUCGCCUGCCUCCGCUUCUUCUCUCUUCGCCAUUGUGCCCCUCGACCGCGGUGGUGCGACAAGCCGCCACGCCAUGGACGCCUGCUACCUCUGCGGGAAGCCGCUCUCCAGAGAUUUCGACGUCUUCAUCUACAGAGGGGACACGCCAUUCUGCAGCGAGGAGUGCAGGGCUGUGAAGAUCGAUACCGACGAGGUGCGUGAGAGGAUUAACACCAAGAUCCUGAAGGAACGUGCUGCGAGAAACGAGCAGCGCCACGGGGCGGCUGCCUCCGAGCACAACAUCACCCGCGCGGGAAAUGUGCCGGUUGCAAGCUAAGCUGUACGCUCAAGGAGGCAUGCAUUCGCCCCUCCUUCAUCAGAAAUAAUAGGGCCACGGGAAAACUAGCCAUCCGAUCCAAUAGAUAAACUCUUCUGAUUGAAGACGAUCUUCCAGUUGAGAUGAGCAGGCAAGCUGGGGUUUGUUUCGCUUAUUAGGUGCUCGCACUUCACGUGUAUGGAAUAGCUAUAAAAUGCACAAGAAAAUUACUGUGCGUGUGAGCGUUGAUAACUUCGUCUACCUCAGGUGAGGAUAUGAGGUGCAACAAUGCAUGUUUUGGAAAAUAAUGGGAACUUGCUGGUUAUGUUAGUUUCCAAGUUGUGGACAUAGUAGCAGCGGAGUCUGAGUAGUAUGUG